AUGUGGUGGCUGCUGGUUGUGUUGCCGGCGGCGGUAGCACUGAACUAUCGAUGUCAGAACGAUCAGGUACUGGUUGUGCAGAGUUUCGGUAACGACACCAUCAGAAUGCACUGCCAACAACUCGACAUGUGUGGAUACCAACAGUUGCGUUGCGACUACGACGAAUCGCAGCCACAGUGUGGAGGUCUGAUGAACUUCGUCGCGCAUGUCGUCCAAACCUCUGCAACGUCACCGGUCGAGCACACAUGCUGCAAUCUGUUCAACCCUCGUGCACCGCACACGAUUCCGACGCAUGUUGGCAACGACUGCUUUAUCUACGAACUACCUGAUGGCUCUUCACAUCCAAAACAACCUGACAGCCACGAUGACACCCCGUACACCGUGCUGAAGAGCGCUUCCGAAAUUCCCGAACACAUCGACGGAAUGUCCGGUUACCGUCUUCGUCUCUACUUGCUCAAAAACAAAGCUCCUCCGACAUUGCUGGUGAAGGGUAUCGAACGGAGAUUGGUUCUCAGGAGCAGCCAAGUGAAUGGAAGGCAAUCAGCUGGAGCAGUUGGACGAGUUCCACGUGGUCCACAUGGGCACGCAGCGUGUGGGGAAAUGUCGGCAAUGGUCAGAGGCGUCAACGAGUCGAAGAAGUUCACCACGACGGGCUCAACCUCUGGUCCAGCAACCGAGGGAGGUCCGCAACACAUCCAUGUGCACGUAAACGCCAGCGGAAACAACAACAAUGUCAUAGAUAGUGGAAGGGGAGCUUCCGAACCCGGCCAUAUCAACAUCACAGUACACACCGGACAGUUUGGUGGUGGCGGCGGUGAUGCCUUCAACUCUAAGCAGGGAGGGCUACCGAACGCCGAAGGCUCCAGCACUGGAUCAGGAAGAGAGGUGAAGACGGCGAUAGCAGCGGUAGAGGUGGACGCGGGAGGCACCGAAAAGGAGGUAAUAAUUUUGAUACCUGGAGUUUACAGACGGGUGAGGAUUCUGGCGACGUUGACAGCAAAAAGGGCACCAGGACACAAAAUCGGCAUGGGAAAACCAGAUGAUGCAGAUGGAGAUGAUGGGAGCGGAGACAGCGGAGAGCGUGAGGACGGGGAGGAAAGCGAGGAAAACACGGCAAAGAAGGAAAGCAUGGAGCACGGGACGGAAAAGGCGAUGAAGGUGAUGGCGAUUCUGGAGGACAAUGGACGUGGUGAUGGAGGAGCUGGCAAGCUAGGAAAGGACCGUUUGAAAGGAAAAGUGACAGGCAAAGGGAAAGGAGGAAAAGAUGCUGCUGGAUCAGGUGGAAAAGGAAAUGGCAAAGGUGGAGAUGGAGGAGAUGGAGGCGACGGGAAUGACGGUGCUGGGACUGAAGGAAAAGGAGAUGAACGGCGCUGGAGACGGAGGCUCGAGGAGGAGACGGCGCUGAUGGCAAAAGUGGUCUCCCGGAUGGUGAAGGCUUGGGAGCUGAUGGGAAAGACGGGCAGAGCGGCCGUGGGAAAAUUCAAAGUCGACAAGAAGUCACAGAAGACCCGUCUGGAGCAGCUGGAGGUGACGGGUCAACCAAAGGAACCACCGAGAGGAGCAGGAGCUAAGGCAGGGAAAGCCGGUAAAGGAACUGAUGCCCUGCUUACAACUGGCCCGCUGGCAAAGAAGUCAGGUGCCAAGGCUGCCGGCGCUGGGCCGAGUUCUGCUCGCGCAGGCACGGAAAGCGCUGGAGGGUCUACGACGAAGGCCGCAUCCGCUGGUGGAGCUGCCGGUGGUGCUAAGAAAUCUGCGCCAGGUCCAGCUUCACAUGUCGCAAAACCUAAAACGAAACCGACAACUAAAGCAACCACAAAGAAGCCCAUGUCACGAGCCGCAUCCACCACUGCAAGAGCCGCGGGAGCUCGUGCCGCAGCAGCCGCCAAUUUCGCGCAACUGGAGAUUCCGGCGCUGCUGCUGCUGGCGGUGGUGGUGGCUCUGGUGCAGGAGCAGAUCCUGGGCCAGCACCUGACAGACAACUUGAAGAAAAUGAACUGCUUCCCAGCAGAGGCCGUCGUUACCACCGUCACUGGACAGAAACGAAUGGAUCAGCUAGCUGUGGGAGACUUCUCGUUGAGUUGUUUGAUGAAUGCCGUAACGGAUGUGUAUUUCGGUGUGUUGGUGCCGAAGUGCUGGCGAUGUGCUGAAAAUACGAACGCGUCGAGAUGUUCUAUCAUCGGGAGCCAGAGACACGAGCACAGUUCGGUGUGUUAUUCACCGCAUCAAAGAAGCGACUUGCUCUCACUCCGCUUCACUUGCUUCCAUUUCGGUGAAUGCCAGUCGAUGAGAAGGGAUUGGAAGAAGGCAGAUGGUGGAAAUGGCUCGAGUGACUUCACACAUUCGCCCACUAAGGCGACGGUUGGUGAAUGUGUACUGUCAGUAACGAACAGUGGAGAAGUAGUCGCCGAGCGGAUAGUUAAGAUCGGAAGGCAGGUUUCUGCUGGAAUUUAUUCACCAAUGACGGUAGAUGGUGCGCUGGUCGUCAACGGAGUCUUGUCCUCAUGCUUCUCCCAAGUUGAAAGCCACACAGUGCAGAAGAUUGUCUUCGAUUUCCUCACUUACGCCUACGAAUUCUUCGGUCUUUCACCUGGAAGAAAUACAGUACGACAGGGUAUUCCAUCGUUCAUCAACUACGUGCACGAGUUGAGCCACGUCUUCCUGCCAUUCUCGAAAUUCUAG